AGAAAGCAGUAUUGCUUAAUAAAAGUGUUCGUCGCUAUAAGCAUUUGGUAUUACCAUAUUCCACACAUCAUGCUAACAAAACGCUUGUCUUUCGUCCUUGUUUUUCUACAAUUAUUGGACAACAUCUAUUCAUUACCUACUUUUAAAAUAGUUGUUUUAGUCCAGGGUGACGUUUGGCAAGGUCCAUUUAUAAACGAGACAGUGAACAAUAAUGACGUCACGUUGGAAGUAGUAAGCGUUACAACUGAGAACAAAAUAUUUGAUUUCAUAAAUAAAGUUUGUGAGUUGGCACCUGGGUCCGUUGACGGAUUUGUCCUAUUUGUUGACUGUAGGACAGCCAUGAUAUUAGAAAAACAGAAGAUAUUCAAAUCCGUGCCGACUGUGGUAGUGAUUCGUGAUUUCUGUCACGUGACAAGCACCCAAAUGAUACAGUUACGACCAGACUGUACUUAUAGUAAUACAAUGUUAGCUGACAUUGCUGCGUACAAGCUUUGGCGCAAUGUACUACUUUACUAUGACCAUACUUACAGUUCGUUGUGUCUGACAAAUCUCCUCAUGCAACUGUCUCUGAAUUUUGUUUCAACAAGAAUGGUCAAAACGAACAACUAUGCUGGACCAUCGCAAUAUCUACCUUAUAUAGACAGACAUUCGCCUGAUGGGAUCUUUGUUGUCACGGCAACCGAUACAAUGGAAGCUAUAAUAUCGCAGGGUCAAGUGGGUAGUUCGAACCUUCCCUGGGUACAGAUGUCUGGUGACACACAGCUGGUAAAUGGUAGUCAAUACAAUGACAGUUUCGUUGUCUUACUGAGAAACCAAUUUAAAGGUUUAAUAUCUGAUCAAGGAACCUGUGAAUCCAACCAUUCCAGGGAAUUGGAUUCAGAAACAUAUUUAUCCGAUGCCAUAAAAGCGAUGGUGGAAAUAUUUUCAGAUGUUGUGCUUUCAAAAAGCGUAACAGCGUUAGAACCGAUGGAUUGCAGACACAAAAGUACACCAAGUAAUAGGACUCACGCUAUGGAGGUUUUUAAGACAUUUCAACAAAACCAUGUAAUGAAUUAUUCUGAAUACCAGAUAUGCAGUACUGAAAACAGUUUGACAGAUUCAUGGAAGUAUAUGGGUAAUUGGUCAAAGGACAAUGGAAUGUCGCUGGUGACAAGUAAAUUGUUUGGAAAUGAAUUCAUCGACUUCAACAAUGCAACGCUAAAAGUAGCAGCACUUCCGCUUGAUCCGUUCGUUUUCUUCAACGUUGAUGACAACAACCAGACAACAUAUAGCGGUUUCUGUAUCGACAUCUUGGACCAGCUCGCAUUGAAAUUUAACUUCAAUUAUGAGAUUGUGUCUCCUGCCGACAAUGCCUACGGAAGUCUUGAGGAUGAUGGGACCUGGAAUGGAAUGGUUGGUAUGGUCAUGAGUAAUGAAGCAGAUUUUGCGGCAGGUCCUUUCACAAUAACAUCCGCCAGAGAAUCUGUGAUUGAUUUUACAACGACUUAUAUGGAGGAAGGUAUUGGAAUUCUGACAAUGAGACCAAAGGAAGAGGAAAAUAAGGAGUACAAAAUGUUCAAACCAUUGUCUGUAACAGUCUGGGUAAUGAUUGGUAUUACUAUAGUUAUUGUCGGUGUGUUGGUGUACGUGAACAACAGAUACAGCCCAGUUAUCACAGUUACCAAGCCAGAAGACAAUGAACCUCCGCAGAAUCCACCAAAGCUAAGCUCUUCUAUGUGGAACGUUUAUGGAUAUUUUGUAGAGCAAGGAGGAGAUGAACGACCACGAUCUUUAUCUGGUCGUCUGAUAUUAAGUGUCUGGUGGAUGUUCACUAUUUUGAUGUUGGCGACAUACACAGCCAAUCUUGCUGCCUAUUUGACUGUGACAAUUAUCGAAUCACCUAUCAAUAGUCUCGAGGAAUUGGCGAAUCAUGCAGACAUUCGACCUUUAAUAUUUUCCGGAUCAAAUCUACAUACUUUGUUUAAGACUGCUAAAUCGUCGGUAUAUGGACAGAUAUGGAGUAAAAUGUCUGGUAUGCCAAUAGUUAAAGACAUAGAUACAACACUGAGCUAUGUGCGAACCAAUGAGUAUGCCUUCAUGUCGGACUUCUCACUUCUGGAAUACAUCAUGUUACAAGACUGUCAGACGUACGCUAUGGCGGAUGAAAAGUUCAACAAUGCAGGGUUUGGCUUUGUUCUCGAAGAAAAUUCACCAUAUUUAAAUGCAUUUAAUCUUGCAAUAUUGAAGAUGAAUGAAGCAGGAUUAAUUGAAAAAUGGCGGAAACAAUGGUGGUCUCUGUCAGAUGAUUGUACUAGUUCCGAUAGAACUGGCUCUGCGCAGUCGCUCGGAUUAGAUAGUAUCGUUGGCCUUUACUAUGUUUAUUUUGGAGUUGUUGGUUUAGCUGUUUUUUCUUUCCUCAUUGAAUUGAUUUGCAGCAGGAAGAUAGUCCAACGAUGGAUCUCAGUACAAGCAACGAAAUUGAAUGCUGGAAAGACAAUGCUCAUAAACAGGCUGAUUAACAGAGACUCGGAUGUUGUUACCUUAGUAAAAUGAUCAGGAUCGGAUAAAAGGAUGGCCUAAGAGUCCUUUCAGGGGACAUUUGAAUUAUUAUUUAGUGAAUAAUUGAAUCAUGACUUGAGCGGGUCCCUUUUUUGCAGUAAGUGUGUCCUCAUGAAAUUUUCUGUAUCCGCCACUGAUGAUAGA